AUGGCCCCCUCUACUCCCACUACCAACCCUUUCGCCGCCAUGAGGAACUUUGGUGGUAUGAUGUCGUCUGCUCUUUCCUUCGGCGAUAGGUCUCGCCAAGUCUCCUCCCUUGGGCUCGGCACUCUCUCUUUGGGGGAACCGUCCGGCGCUGCCUCGCCUCCUCGCUCCGCUUCUCCUCCCGCUGCUUCUCCGCCCGCUUCUCCUCGCGCUGGUUCUCUCUCUCUGGAGUCAGAGUCUUCCGUCGUCGAAACUGGUCCUCCCGGUGGGUAUCCUCCUGCCACCUCCCCUCGCCGCAGGACGCCCGCCUUCCGUCGUGGUGAGUCCCCAUCCUCCUCCGACCUGGAAGUUAGUGGAAGCUCGGAGUCGGGUGAUCGACCCGACGUCGAAGAAAGUGAGGAUGACGAAGAAGAUGAGGAUGACGAAGAAGAUGAGGAUGACGAAGAAGAUGAGGAUGAGGAUGAUUUGGAGGGUAGUGUUGAUCGUGAAGGUGAAACCGAGUUAGAAGAAUACUCGGGAGAUGAUAUGGAGGUGGGUAGAGUAGAGGACAACGACGUAGAUAGUCCUGAGCCCACUCCUGUCCCCCCCCCUGCCCAACUCGCGGGCCAGAAACGACGCCGUUCCCUCUCCUCUUCUUCUUCUUCUUCCUCCUCCUCCUCUUCCGAAGAUCUCCCCCCGCCCGACGCCAUUGCCGCUGCCGCCGCUGCUGCUGCUGCCCGCCGUGCCGCCGCCGUCUCCCGCCCUGCCGCCGCCGACCCCGUCGCUGCUACCCUUCCUUCUCCCAGAGGGGAGCCUUCGCCCAAACGGGUGAAGAGAUCAUUGCGGGAAGAAGAGUACUUGUGGGAGAAGAUGAAGUCUGAGCCUGGGCGUUGGGUCGCGGUGGGUGUUGAUGAAGCGUGUGAUCGUUGUCGACGUGAGAUGAUCACGUAUAAUCGUCCAAACUGGCCCUGCCUCAAGGCAGUCAGGCCACACAACAAAGCCCUCCGCUGUGCUUCAUGCACAUCUGGUCCCUGCUCCUUCUGUCCCGUCUCGUCUGCUCGAGACAUCCCGCCCCGUCUCUCCGACGCCUCUCCUUUCCCCCCUCCCCAGACUCCAGCGUCUGUUCCCCGUUCGCGGGUGCCAACUUCGUCUCUCCGGUCGGUUCGCCGAACUUCGCCGUCCUCCCGCUCGUCGCCUCCCUCGCCGUCGCCCUUCGCCCCUGUGGCCGGCCCAUCACGUCUCCCGGCUGCUACUCCAUCGGCCUCUCGUCGCCCUUCGGCCUCUCGUCCUUCGGCCCCUCGUCCGUCCUCUCCUGUGGUGCCUUCUCCUCCGGCCCACGGCACCCGAAGUCGUCGUCCUUCUGCUGCUCCUGCCACCCCAGCAGCAGCUCCUGUUACUCCUCCCUCUUUUCCCCAGAAGACUCCAAAGUCUUCUUUAAAGAAAUCGAAAGGGAAAGGUAAAGAGAAAGAGGUUGUCUUUAAUGAUGAUGACAUGGAAGGUGAAGAUACUCAGCGUGCUGGUCCCUCUGUCCCCCGAACGUCCUUCGUCCACCCUCGUAUUUCUCUGGACGUUCGUAUCCCCGAGGACGAAAAGGAAUUCGCCACUUAUCGUUCUCUCGUUCUUGGUCUCACCACUCAGCUCGAGGCCGCUCGCCACGAUACAUCUCGCUUGCUUGACUUCUCUUCUCGUCAAGCUAACGCUUUAAACAAUCUUACUGUGGCGUUAGUAGAUGUAGUCAACACUGGGGCUCUGGAUGAGGAAGCAAGGACGAGGUUAGCGGACGUUUCUCGCCGUAGCCUUACUGAGAUAGCCGAUGUUCGCCGAAGGCUUUACGACACCCCCUUCCUCGUCACUCCCAUGGCGUAUGAGCCACCGCCGGCCAUCGACUGGUUAGGUCGCCGCAGUAGUUCUCGUGUCCCCGCCGCCGCCCAGACUGCUCUCGACCUCCUCAGUCUUCCCUUUGAGUGUCUUCGGACCAUACGUUCUCUGUGGCGGACUCCGAGCAUGCAAGCUGCUCGUGAUGUCCAGGACUUCGGUGAUUUCUUUGGGGCUAUGAACAGGGCCUGGAAUGCUUCUCUCUCUUCUGCCUUCCCCCCUGACACUCUCGAUCUACCUUCAGCCAUCGGUAGUCUCCACACCAACCCCGCGGGACCAAGUAGAGCGAAGGAGAAAGGAAAAGGAAAGGGUAAGGGUAAAGACAAGGAAUAUUGGAGGAUGAUAGGGGCGAAGCAAUGA